CGUCCUCACCAUGGACCCACAUCGACCAUAUCCUCCAUAUCAGUACGGUCCGCCACAUCCCGCCCCUGGUUAUGGAGGACCACCGCCGGGUGCGGGCUAUGGACCAUCUCCUUACGGUCCCGGACCUGCUGGAUUUGGUUACGGGCCAGGGCCUCGUGGUCCACCUCCCCCUCAAUUUGGAGGCCCACCACCCUUUCGUCCUGGUCCCCCAAUGCAGCACUUUGAUAAUCGUCCACCGUUUGGUCCUGGCCCGGGGAUGGAACCUCCACGACCUUUGGGGAGUCCCGCUCUCUCUGUGCGUCCCGAUGUCGCCCCCCCUGUAGUAGCACCACCGCCGAAGCCGCUGACGGCGGAGGAUAAGUCGACGACGGUCUUUGUGGGGUCCAUUGCGGACGGUGUGACGGAUCUGUGGAUGGAGCGAAUUUUAAAGUUGUGUGGGCCUGUUCGAAAUUGGAGACGUAUGCAGGAUGCAACCGGCAAGCCUAAAGGGUUUGGCUUUUGUGUUUAUGAGAAUGCCGAAUCGGUAUCUCGUGCAUUGCGGAUCCUUGGAGGAGAAGGCCAAGGCGAGCUUGCACGAGGAAUUGAGCUGGCAGUACCUGGUGGAGCGCCCAAGACUCUCAAGCUGAACGUGGAUGAAGUAGCGCGAAAACACGUUGAGCAAUACAGGGCCUCGAGGAUGAAUCAUGAAGACGAAGACGAAGAUAAGGCAAUCCGGGAGCAAGUCCUCGUCCAUGCUAGGCAAAUGCGGGAUGAUGCUCAAAGAAUGGACGUGGAUUCUUUCCUUCAUUCAAUACCUGAUGGAGGCUCGACCCGGCCAGGAUCACCAACACCGUCAUCGGCACCUGGUGGCAAGGAAGAUCUGGACGAUCUUCCUCCAGAAAUGCCCCCAGAACAACGGGAGCUCAUUUCGAGGGAGAUUUCCAUGUUCCGCGAGAGGUCUGCACAGAAGGACCGUCUGAAGAAGGAGUACGAGGAGCGAAUCCGGAUGGAGCGGGUCCAGAGGGAAAAGAGGGAGGACAUAAAUAGAAUUCGAAGACUGAAGCAAGGGGAGAACGGGUAUCACGGUCAUUCUCAUGAACCGAGGGUUAGGGUUGAGGACGACUAUGACGAGGAGGAAGAGCAGAAGAGACAAGAGCGAAGGAAGUGGGAAGCACAGCAAGCCUUCAAUGAGCGCGUGAGUCGUUGGGAAAAGGAAGAGCAAGGAAGAAUAGCCUGGCUCACACAAAUUGAGAAGGAUAAGGAGCGUGAUAAGGAGAAUCUAGCUGCCCGAGUGGAAGAGUUGAGCAAAAUACUUCCAGAAUGGGAUGAAGAUGCACAUUUCAAAACAGAUGAGGACAGACGUGCAUUUUUUGCACGGAUACAUCGGUCCCGUCGAAAAGAAAUAGAUAGAGAUCAACAGGAUCGGGAAGAUGAGCAAGCGGAGCUUGCGAGAAAAGAGCUCGAACCACAAGCCCCAGAGGAUGAUGAGGAAACGAAACAGGAAAUUGUCAUAGGCCGGAUCAUGACAAAGGAGGAGCGCGUGCAGGCAGUUCAGGAUUUGAUCGGUAUUAUCCCAACGGAGCGAGAAGGCUUAUGGACAUGGUCGAUCAAAUGGGACUUUCUGGAUGAAACGAUUAUGAACAACAAGCUUCGUCCAUGGAUAAAGAAAAAGGUCAUUGAAUACAUUGGCGAAGAAGAAAAGGAUUUGAUCGAGUUUGUCACGGAAUUGCUCGUUAAGCGGACUAGCGCGGAUAACAUGUUGGCUGAAAUGCAGGGAGCACUAGAUGAGGAAGCUGAAGAGUUUGUAAUGAUGCUCUGGCGCAUGUUGAUUUAUGAGACGGAGGCUAGAUCACAGGGGUUGGGAUGAACGUUUAUUCUCACUGUGUGUCAAAGCUAGGCUGUGGUUGGUGUUGAUAACGUCUGUUUCAUUUUCCAACUUGUGAUUACCAGGUUAAACCAUUUCUCUUGCCGUCACAACAAACAUUGGCCACUAUUUCCAAAAGACUGAAUGUUAUGUUUGUGCUGCACUGCUGAUGAAAGCUAGUCCUUAACCCUCCAACCGGGGUCUUCCUAGAUUACCAAAAAUAUAACUGCAUUGUACAAGAAAAGAAAAG